AUCAUCAUUCUCUCUUCAACUUAUUCCCGCAAGCUCCCUUCCUACAGAGCUAAAGUGCGGGGUGAACCAGCUAUACCUCUAUGAUAACACCGGAUCUCGACCCUCCCGUUCUCUACCCUUUCUACCGAAAAGUCCUAUCGUCACAAUUCCCAGAAACCAAAUUCUCCUUAUCCUCGAAUUUGGAAUUAUGAUCUACGAAAUCGAGAAUCAUGACGUUGGCGGGGUUAGUUGGUUGGACCUCGCUGCCUGCAGCCUUCCUCGCGGGAGCCUGAGGACGCCAAAAGCAGCUAACCAGCUGGGCAUCUAAGCAAACUUUCCUCCUACUGCGAACACCAGCUAGCAUCUCCGAGGCGAAAAAAGAGAGCCAUCCUGUGGGACGCUUCUUCUGACGUACAUUGGCGAGUGCUUCGCCGCUGGGAAACCUGUUCGUUUGAUUGGGCACUUCGCCUGGCUAAACAGAGAAUAUGUCUGAGCCAAUUUCGCGAAGAACAGACGAAGACGAGUCAUUCAGCCUCGCUCCCUCGAUCUUCUUCCCGUUUCCAGGAUUUACCGAGAAAAACACCGUCCCGAUCCAGAGUCUAGAAGAUACCGAGAAGUUACAGAAGAUCAUCGAGAAUCUGGGCGUGCAGCAAGAGAGGGUUAGGGGCAAUAUGAUGUUCCUAGUCAAGCAACGAGCAGAGAGACUAGCCUCCAAAGCCAAAGAAGAACUUUCCACCCUCGACAGCGACGGUGAAGAGGAUGAAAAAGAUAAAGAAGUCAAGGAGAAGAACAUCGAUGCCAUGUUUGCGAAUAUGAGAGUCCUGGCCAAGAAAGGUGCUAAGAGUGCGGAGUACGAGGUCAGACUUGACAGCAAUCCUCCAGUUCAGACGGAUGUUACGAUGGCAGGCACGGAACUUACUACACCUGCAAGUCCACUGGGAGGAAAUGGCGAUGUCAAUAUGGUUUCUACUCGUUCUUCACGCCAGAUUCUCGGCACGCUUUCUGCGGAGAUGAAGAUCCUUAUCGAUGACAACUCAUCUAAGAUGCAACGUUAUGAUAAGCAUGCGAAAGAGGUGGUCAAUCAUUACAAGCAAGCUCUUGAGCGGAGAAAUAGUAGGAAGGGUUCUGGUCCGGCUAUUUCUGGGGCCGCCUUUGGAGGAGGAGGGAUGAUGGCUAGUCCGGUGGAGAUGAGGAGGUUGAGUACGGGAAUGCCGAUUCUAGGUUCGUUUGUUGGGGGUCCGCAGCCUGUCAGGGUUUCUGAGACUAUGGAGGAGUUGGCUAGGAGGGGAAGCAAGUGAGUAAGUGAUCAGGGGAAGAAGGUAAAAGGGGUCAGUGGGGUUUUGCUGAUGGUUGUCACUGCUUCUGGCGUAAAUUGCGGUUCUGGGACGCGGAGAUACCACUUUUGCCUCUGAUAUUGUCUGGGAAUUCGCUAAACAACUAAGAUUCCGUUU